AUGGAUAAAGGAAUUAAAGAAAUUAUUAAUAAACUUUGUUCAAAGAAUGAUGAAGAUCAAGAUGACAUUAUAAAUAUUUCGAGAGGUUAUAGGCUUUUAUUAAAUUUUAUGAAAUCAAAUAUAUUAGAGGGCAAGGAUUUAAUAACUAUAUCAACAUUAAUAAUUAAACAUUUAAAGAAGGAUAAUAAUGAAAUUAUAAUUAUAAAAGUUUUGGAAUGUAGUAAUUAUUUAAUAGAUUUCCUUAUAGAUGUGGAUAGUAAUGAAAAAGAAAAAGAAGAAGAAGAAGAGAGUAUUAAAUCAAUUGAUAUUUUAAACCAACUUAUUCAGAUUUUAUUCUGCGAUAGAUUAAUUGGGAACAAUGACGGAUAUAGCGAUGUUGAAGGCUUACAAAAAGAAAUUUUAGAUAACGUUCAAGGAGUUGUAUCAAGUAUAAUAAAUAGUUUUGGGUUUAGUUUGGUAUUGGAGCAUCUUACAAAUUCUUUAAAUAGUUCUAAUGAUCAUCUACUCAUCGAAAAUUGUUUAAAAAUUUUAUGUAAUUUAAUUGAAUCAUCGACAAUACAAUCAACUCAAUUAUCCAGACCAUUACAAAGAUUAAUAGUUUCACUUUUAAAAUACCCACAAUGUCAAUUUUAUCCCUCUCUCUAUAAAGCAAUUACAUUAAUAAUCAAUGAAAUGGGUCAUCAGUUUUUAAAUGAAAUCGAUUACGAUAAUCAAGAUUCUUCAAUAAAAAAAAUUAUUUUAAAAUUAUUAGAGUAUGAUCAAGAAAAAAAGAAAAAACAAAAUUUUACACAGGAUCAAAUGGAUUGUUCAAAUGAUUCAAAUAUAAAUAAUAAUAGUGAUAAUAGUAAUAAUAAUAAUGAAAAUGAAGAUUGGGAAAAUUCAAGUUCAACAAGUAUAAAUAGUAAUAAUAAUAAUAAUAAAGUUAUUGCAAAUAAAAAUAAUAUUAAAUCAUAUAAAACCUUAAAUAAUAAAAAUUCAGAAGAAGAAGAUGUAUUUUCAAAAUUAGCUAAAAGAAAACCUUUAGGAAUUCAAUUACUUUGCGAAAAUUUAAAUGAAUCAGAGUUGGAAUAUAGAAUGAAUGAAAUUAUUGAAGCUUUAGAUAACAGCGAAACAGAAUGGAAUAUAAAAUUAAAUAAUGUUCUUAAAUUACAAUCACUUAUUAAAUCUGGUGCAUGUAAACUUUCAAAUUUUACACAACUUUUAAAUAAAAUCAAAGAUUUAUUAAUUGCACAAGUUUUAGAUAAAAGAUCAAUUUUAAUGAAGGAAGCUUGCUUAACUGUAUCAGCCAUCGCCGAAGCUUUAGAGCAUCAGUUUGAACCAUUUGUUGAUAGGUUUUUUAAUGCCUUGGUAAAGUGUAUUAUUUCAACAAUAAAAGUUGUAUCAGAAACAUCCGAUAAUUGUAUAAAGUGUAUUAUAUCAUCAAUUAAAUCUUGUAAAAUUAUACCUAGACUUUAUGAUCUUUUAGAAAAAGAUAAGAGUACAACGGUUAGAUCAAAAUCGGCAGAGUAUCUUUUAAUAUUGCUUCGAGAUUCUCCUUUGAAUCAGUUAGAAAGAUUUUUAGACUAUAUAGAGAAAUCAAUUCGUAUUGGUAUCGUUGAUGCUCAUCCUACUGCAAGAUCAACAUCUAGACAAUUGUUUUUCCAAUACUCUAUUAAUUGGCCAUCAAAAUCUAAUCAAUUAUUUAAAAGUUUAGAUCCAAAUUCACAAAAACAAAUUCAAAAAGAACAGCAGCAACACCAACCAUCAAUAAAAAUAAAUAAUAACAAGGCAACUACAAUAUCUACAAAGAAAGGAACAUCAACCACCACACCAAAUUUAUCAAAAACAUCACCAUCUUUAAAACCUUCAUUAUCACCAUCAACAUCAAGCCAUCCAACUUUUCAACUUGGUAAACCUACAGUUAUAAAAAAAUCAUCACUUCCAUCAUCAUUAAAGAUAAAAGAAAAUUCACCAAAACCUCCAUUAAUAAUACAUUCAACAACAACUACGAAGCCAACACUACCAGUAUUUAGUUUAACACCAACACCAUUGUUAAAUCCAACUAUAAUUAAAAAAAAACCAUCCAUCAGUCCUUUAAAAAAUAAUAUAAGUACUGAAAAGAAAAGAUCAAUAACAAGUGUUUUUACAGAGGCAUCAACAUCAACCACUACAUCGACUACAGCAUCUAUACUAUCAAGAAAGAAACAAAUGUUAACUCAUCCAACUUCACCAUCAUAUAGUAAAGUUUUAAAUAGGGAAAGAUAUAUUAAAGACAGCGAUAACGAUGACGACGACUUUGUUUUAGAAAAUAAUAAUCUUUUGAAAAAUAGUCUUUUAGGUUCACCAAAAAAAAUAAAAUUGGAUAAAGAUGAUAAAAAUUUAAAUUCUUUAGGUUCACCAAAGAGAACAAUAACAUCAUCACCUAAAAAAUUUAAAACAACUACCAUAUCACCCAAAAAAACUAUAACAACAUCAUCAUCAUCAUUAACAACAAAUAAUAUUUUUAAUCCAAUUAAACUUAUAACUACAAAACCUCCUGUUCCUAAAACUACAUCAAAACCGUUUUCAUCGUUAACAAAAAAAAAUGGUGCACCACUUAAAAACUAUGUCAAAGAUAUAAUGACAUAUCAACAGGGGAAAUCACAACAGCAACAAUCAAAAGAAUUAAAACUAACCGAUCUUUAUAACUAA